AUGAAACUUAAACUCAGUAAUAAGAGCUACGAUCAGAUUCAGAGAAAGACAAAUAAGAUCUCACCACAAGCUAUCAAACUGCAGUUUCAAUACAGUCCAGUCACAGCAAAAGGCGAUUCAGACACAAGACAAGCUCCUCAGAUGCAAAUGCUUGAAAGAUGGAUGUUGGAAGAUGAGGAUGGUGAUUAUGAUGAUGAACUUGGUUUGCUUGAUGUGCCUAUUACUGAGAGAUUGAGUCAUAGAACAGAUCGAGGAGCAGGAUGGCGACAUGUUCAACAACUUAUGUAUGAAUCUGAUCAGCAAUGUUAUGACAUUCUUCGAAUGAAUCAAAGGACUUUUGAAGCUUUGUGCAAGAUGCUAGCUGAGCGAUAUGGAUUGAAAGAGACUCACCAUGUUUACCUUGAAGAAUCUUUAGCAAUGUUUCUCGAGACUGUUGGUCAAGAUAAGACGAAGCGGGAUAUUGCUGCAAGACCACAAGAAGGCGAGUUUGGAAGAGUGAGUCCUGUUUUGAGGAAUGAUGAUUGGUAUUGGCCUCAUUUCAGAGAUUGUGUUGGAGCACUCGAUGGAACUCAUGUGUCGGGUCGCCCUCCAAGUCAAAAUGCAGAAGCAUAUAAAGGUAGAAAGCAAGAUCCUACAAUGAAUGUUCUUGCUAUAUGUAACUUCGACAUGAAGUUCAUAUACGCAUAUCUCGGUGUACCUGGUAGAGCACAUGAUACAAAGGUCUUGACUCAUUGUGCGAGGAAUGAAGCUUCUUUCCCACAUCCUCCUCCUGGAAAGUAUUAUCUUGUUGACUCGGGAUAUCCGACCAGGACGGGGUAUCUUGGUCCGCAUCGGAGUAUGCGAUAUCAUCUUGGUCAGUUUGCUAGAGGAGGACCAUCAGUUAGUGCACGAGAGUUGUUCAACUGA